CCACAGCCAACAUCUCAACUACCCAACCGAAAAGAAGAUCUAUCAUCAUCAUCAUCAUCAUCAUCACCAUCAUCGCUGCAGGCAGUGACUCACCCUAAUACACCGACAAAUAUAUCUAUCUCACCAUGGUCCAAGGAUCCCUCAAGAAGAAGUCCACCACCGCGGGCCCGAAGCGGAACAACGCCCUCGGCCCCCGCCCCGGUCCCCGACAAAUCGCGCCCAAGAAAGCCACCCUGAUCAAGCAGAAGAAGUUGACUAAGAAACUCACCUCCGGCCUCACCGCAAUGACGGAAAAAACCCUCGCCGAGCGCGCCGGUCACCUGGAGAUUCUGGCGGGCGGGAAGAAGGAUAAGCGGAAGGCGAUGGCGGAGGCUGGGUUGAAGAAGCAGAAGGCGCAGCAGCAGAAGAAAUGAGCCAUCUAUCCCCAGUAAUAUUGUUAUUGGUGGUGUUAUAAGGAAAUUUGGG